AUGCUUCAAGUCUUGACUCUACAGAGAGAAAAAAGUAUCCAUUCACGACGCACUGUGAACGAUGAAUUGAUUACUUCUGCGCUGCGUAGUGACAAUGGCAAAGGUCAGUGCUUUUUUUAAUUGUUCCCAGAUUUUUGGCAAAAUUAGAAUUGUUCCUUUUGCAAGGAACCUUUAUUUCGUAACAAUGCCCUAUUUCGUUACAUUAAGAAACUAAGCCGUUAUUUAUUGACGCUAAAAGGAACUAAAAAGGUCAGUUUCCUAAUUGUAUCUUAUCAGAAAAAGCAUUCUGUCGCAUCGGUUUCAGCUGUUGUGGUAUCAAAGGGUUGAGAAAUAAUCUGCGUAAAUGUUUAAACAUGAGCCGCAGGUUUAAUAGCUCAGUACAGUCAGUACUGAAAAAAUAAUUUUAAAAAGUAGGACAGAAGAGGUAGUUUCACGGAACGAUCAUGAAAAUAACGUGCUGAAUUCUCCCUUAGUUGCAGAAAAUAACGUUCGUCAAAAACGCAACGCCAAAAAUGUAAACAAGAAAUCAAACGUCAGUGAAAUCGUCAGUCGUGAGUAUAUCAAAAGAGAAGUUCGGCUAGCGAUAAGUAACCUGGCCUGCGUGGUGUAUUGCCCGAAGGGAGUCAGGGGAAGACGAGGCAGGCCUGGUCCCCCAGGUAAACACGGGCCAGCUGGGCCUCAGGGACCACAAGGAGCAAGAGGAACUCAAGGAGAUCAGGGUCCUCCUGGACCAAAAGGUGAUAAGGGCCCUCAAGGACCCAAGGGUGAUCCUGGUGAAUCCAUCUCAGCUCCUUUGAUUGUGUCACCUCCGAUGUCCAUCGUCGUAAACAAAACUGGUAUAGCGUCACUGCAGUGUGGGGUCAAAGGAAAUCCAGUGCCCCAGGUCACGUGGCUGAAGGAAAAUUCCAGUCUUCCCUCCGAUAAACGAAUCAUGCGAUCACGUGGUGACCUUGUGAUAAGAGAUGUGACGUCACAAGACGGAGGAGAGUACACAUGUAGGGCAAGAAAUAUUCUUGGAGUCGUGACUUCAUCGGCCACAUUGACUGUUCAAGGUAAUUACUUUUAA